CUCAGCAGAGAAUAAACGACAGAGAGUAAGUGCAUGCAGUGAAGGACAACAGAAGAAUUCAUCUCUCUCCUAUUUUGCUAUGGAGGAGGGAUCCACUGAGGAGUUUCUCUUCAAAGACCACGACUUCUCCUCCGAACUGCUGAGGCAGCUGAAUGCUCUGCGGCAGAGCGGGAUGCUGACUGAUGUUACCCUCUGCUCCGGGGGCUUCGAAAUCCCCUGCCACCGAAAUGUGCUGGCUUCCAGCAGUCCAUACUUCAAGGCGAUGUUCUGUAACGACUUCAAAGAGAGUCGCCAGGCUAAAGUAAUUCUGAAGGGCAUCGACGCAGAGAUUUUGGAUCAGAUUAUCCUUUACGUUUACACAGGGGAGAUUCUUAUAUCUGCUGAGAAUGUCCUGUGCCUGUUGGAGACGGCCUCCAUGCUGCAGUACACUAAGCUGUUUGAGGCCUGCUCAGCCUACCUCCAAGACAAGCUGACCCCUGACAACUGUCUGAGCAUGAUCAGACUGGCAAAAGUCUUGAACUGCGAAAGCCUCAAUAAGAAAGCCAAGGCUAUGGCUUUGAAAUGCUUUCCUGAGGUGGCCUCUUCUGAGGACCUGAAGGACCUUUGUCCCUUGGAGCUCAUCGAUUACCUUGGGGAUGAUGAGCUCUGUGGGGAGGAGGAGCAGGUCUUUGAGACACUGAUGGUCUGGAUCAGGCAUGACCUCCAGGCAAGACAAGGCUACAUCCAAGAGUUGUUCAAGAAGGUCCGGCUUCAGUACGUCCAUCCAACUUUCCUCUUCCACUUCAUCGCCAAUGACUCCCUCGUUCAGUCCUCACCCACUUGCAGGAGCAUCCUUGAGUCAGCCUGGAGACAUAUGUUUUCCUUAUACAGCACCAACGCACCUGACAUCAAGCCCAUACUGCAUGUUCCUCGCAGGUACUCCAACCAAGAGUUCCUCAUCAUCAUUGGUGGCAGGAAGGAUAGCCAGCAGACAACAAGGGAUGUCCUGCUCUAUGAUGACAAGACGAACCAAUGGCUAAGCCUGGCCAAACUUCCCAUGCGCCUGUACAAAGCCUCUGCAGUGAGCUUACACAGCAAUAUUUAUGUGCUCGGAGGGAUGCCUGUUAGCAAUAAGAAAAGCCCGGUCAGUGAUAAUAUUUACAUUUACUCCCUCAAACUCAAUCAGUGGAGGUUGGUUGAGCACAUGUUAGUUCCACGUUACUCCCACAGAAGCUUGGCAUAUAAAAAUUAUAUUUUAUCAUUCGGUGGAAUUGGCGAAAACCAGGAAAUCCUGAAUUCUGUGGAAAGAUACGAUAGCAUCUACAACACCUGUGAGAGCAUGGCAAACAUGCCUGUUGCCGUCCUUCACCCUGCUGUUGCUGCCAAAGAUCAGAGGGUCUACCUCUUUGGUGGAGAAGACAUUAUGCAAAACCCUGUCCGGCUGAUCCAGGUUUACCAUGUCUCCAGGAAUACAUGGUUUCGGAUGGAGACCAGAGUGGUGAAGAAUGUCUGUGCACCAGCUGUCAUGAUUGGAGACCAGAUUAUCAUCGUAGGUGGGUACACCCGGAGAAUAAUUGCUUAUGAUACAAAAGGCAACAAGUUUGUUAAAUGUGCAGACAUGAAGGACAGACGAAUGCAUCACGGGGCCACUGUCAUCAAGAACAAGCUGUAUGUCACAGGAGGACGAUGUCUCACCGCAGACAAUGCCAUCGAGGACUUGGAUUCCUUGGACUGUUAUGAUCCAGAGACUGACACAUGGACACCAAAGGGAAAACUGCCACACAAACUCUUUGACCAUGGGUGCCUUACACUCCAGUGUGUCCCCUGUUCUAACCUUCUCUAAACAACCUUUGGUACUUCCCAGGACAUUUUGUGCUUUCUUUCCCAGAAAGGACCCACCUUGCUCUGCAGAGAGCACAUGGGGAAGCCUUACAGGGUCCCACAAACUCCUGACCUUGAAGGCACCAGCAGCGUUAGUCAUUCCCCAAACGCUCUGCUAGAAAGGUCAUGAGCUUUGUGCUUAUGCUGUUUUCACCUGACCAGUACUGCAUGUGGUGCUACUAAGUCCAGCCCAGAGGCCUUACCCAGAGUCUCAGCAGAAAACAGGAAAAAGACACGGGGUAAGAACCUAGUGCAGGAUUUGGCCUUGUACAGACUUUAAAAUGAAAGGUGAAUAAGAAUUCUGGUAUGUCCAGGCAAAGUAAGAUCUGGGUAACCUGCAUUUGCUAGCAUGCAAACUCAUCUGCAUGCUGCAGCCCUUUGCUGCUCGGUGCUGACCAAGCUUUCCAAUUCGAGUGUAGGAGUGUUUCGAAUAGGAAGCCCCAAGCUCCAGUCUUGUAGCCAGCCCAGCACCAGCUGCCUGGGUUAGCUAUGGUAGUCAUCUCAUAAGAAACAAAAUUUUAAUGAUGUUCCUAAUAUCAAAUUAGAAAUUAGCAAAAGGCUGAUGCUUUGAUCUGAACUCUCACAUUGCGACAAGAUGCAGAUUUGACUUUUCUGCAUUCUUUCACAGUGCAGGGAAGAUUUUUGUUCCAUCUGCCUGCUCUCCAAAGGAGCGGGAGAAGGUGGGAUGGAAAUGAAGAUUGUCUGCAUCGUCUUUUUUGAGGGAUCUUGUUUUGAAGGCAGCUUGCUUCUCCUUUUGCA